UCUCUCUUCCUCCCUCCCCCACGGUUGGUGUGCCGUCAUCACUCCCAGCUGAGCCGCCACCAUGGAGGAUGAGGACGCUGGCUAGGCGGGCGGGGGACCUUCUUCUCGAGACAUGUCAGUAGCUCCACGCCUGCAUCAUGCUGUACUUCCAGUUGGUGGUCAUGGCCGGGACCGUCAUGCUGGCGUAUUACUUCGAGUACACGGAUACCUUCAGUGUGCACGUGCAGGGCUUCUUCUGCUACGACACCGCCUACACCAAACCCUACCUUGGACCCGAGGACAACAGCGCCAUCCCUCCCAUCCUGCUGUACUCGGUGGUCGCGGGGCUGCCGACGCUGCUGAUCACAAUAACAGAAACAGUACUGUUCCUGGUGCAGUACACCUCUCAGGAGUUUGACCGCUUGGAGAAGACCGUCGCUACUGGAGACUGUUGCUAUCUCAACCCGCUUGUACGCAGGACCUUUCGCUUCCUAGGAGUCUACACCUUCGGCCUCUUCACCGUGGACAUCUUCGUCAACGCUGGCCAGGUGGUGACCGGCAACCUGGCGCCGUAUUUCCUGACCAUCUGCAAACCCAACUACACGGCCCUGGGCUGCUACCAGGCGCUGCGCUACAUCAGCCACCAGGAGGCCUGCACAGGAGACCAGGACGACGUCCUGCAGGCGCGCAAAACCUUCCCGUCCAAGGAAGCGGCGCUCAGCAUCUACGCCGCGCUCUACAUGGCCAUGUACGUGACGUGCACGGUUCAGGCGAAGGGCACUCGCCUCGCCAAGCCCGUCUUGUCGCUGGCGCUCGUGUGCCUGGCCUUCGUCACCGGACUCAAUCGCAUCGCCGAAUACCGCAACCACUGGUCGGACGUCAUCGCGGGCUUCAUCAUCGGCACCGCCAUCGCCACUUUCCUGGUGGUGUGCGUGGUGCACAAAUUCAAAGGAAAGUUGUUACUGAACGACGAGCCGGCAGCAGAAUGGCAAGCUGCCACAGCCAUGCUGGCCGUGGAGAAUACUCUGGAGAAGUACGUCGCCUCGCAGAAUCAUAUCACCUUUGCUGAGGUCACAUGACAUGGAGUCACGUGACGGAUCACCUCCGAGCCGUCCAAUCCCGGCGACCCGCGUGCAGUCCUCCCCCUCCGCGCGUUAUUGUUCCGUGUCUUCCGUGAAUUUGUGAGGGAUAAUCAAUCUAUGCACUAAUCAUCUCCAUCAGGAGCAGAAUCCAAAACAAUGUUUCCGUGACAAUCACUUAGUACUUCUCUAGAUAUAGAUACUGGACUCGCUUAUGUUUCACCAAUGUGUAAUAUCCUCCAAGUACUAGUACUAGUUCACCACUAGUAUUACUCUACAGGGAAUAACAUCGAAGAAGAAGAGGUUCUUGAGGGAAUAGUUCUCGUCCUGUCACAUAUUAGAAAAUUAUCAUUUAGAGCAGGGGUGUCCAAACUACGGCCCGAAAAGUCAUGAGUUCAAUUUAAUUAUCAAACAACCCCGAUACUCCGACUUUGUUGCCAUCUUGUGGACAACAUGAAUAAUUCAGGUCAAUGGCCAUGAAUUGUGCGCUGAAAAGACACAGCGCAGCACUCACUUAUAUGACCCAAUCCAAACAACCUUCCCUAGUCAU